GUAGCUGAUGCUAAACUCACUUUCACCCCAUUCAAAAAUCGAAGAAACUCUACCAGUCAUGCCUGAGAAGCCUAGAAGAGGCACUGAUGCUGAAACUGGCAUUCAUACCCCUCCUUGCUCACACAACGGCUCCUCUGAUGGCAACUCAGAUAACGUUAAGAUCCGACUUAAGAAGAAUCGAGAGAGUGCUUGUCGCAGUCGGCUUAAGAAAAAGCAACAAGCCACCCAAAUGCAAGAAGAAUAUGAUACCUUGCUCUCUGAAAAUACCCAGAUCCAGCAAAAGAUUGACUGAUGAAAACAAAGGAUAUCCAAAGUUGAAGAAUACAAUGCUCGGCUCAAGAAGAGCAUAGAAAAUAUGCAAAUUCAGCAAAAUCUGGUUCUAACCUUGUUAACCCAAAGGAAACAGAUUCCCUCUCUCUACAUAAAGCCUUUGACCAAAAACCUAAAUGACAUCAUUCCUCCACUUAAGAGUGUAUUACCAGAGGCUGUUAGGGGUAUAACCCCAGCUACGAGCUUCAAAUAAAACUGAGACAUCUAAUUU